AUGUCCAGAGGUGAAGCAGUUUUCUCCGAAUUUGUUCAAGAACUUGAAACGAGGGAGAAUGGUUUCCUGCUACCACCGUCCAGCUCGAGAGAUCUGCAGCAGCGUUUGUUCUCGAUACUGCAGGGCUGCAAGAGCACCCGAGAGCUCGCCCAGAUGCACGCCCAGCUGCUUGUGAAUGGCUUCUCCCAAAAGAAUUUCCUCAUCACCAAACUGCUAUCCUUCUGUGUCUCAUCCAAUAAUCUUUAUCAUGCCACCCAAGCGUUCGACAUGGUCAAGGAGCCCAGCACCACCCUCUAUAACCAAAUGAUCAGAGCCUUCUCUCGCAGCGCCAUGCCGGAGACCUCCCUUAAAUUUUACAACCGGAUGCGAGCUUCCGCAAUGGCGCAGCCCAACAGCUUCACCUUUGCCUUCCUUCUCGGCGCCUGCGCGGCGGCCGGGACGUCCCUCUUAAAGCAAGGAGAGCAGCUGCAUGCCAGAAUUCUCUCUGCCGGCUUCGGCGCCGAUGUCUACGUUCAGACUAAUUUGGUAAAUAUGUAUGCCGCUGCUGCCGAUGCUGCCACCAUAGCAAAGGCUCGGAAGGUCUUUGAUGACAUGCCGCACCGGAAUGUCGUCUCGUGGAACGCCAUGCUCGCCGGAUACCUGCGAUCGGGCGAUACUUCCUCGGCGUUCCAGCUCUUCGAUCAAAUGCCUGAAAGGAAUGCUGUCUCGUGGACCACCAUGAUCGCCGGCUGCGCGCAGGGCGGGAGGUCCAGGCAGGCGCUGACGCUGUUCCGCGAGAUGAGAAAGGCCCGCAUCGGCGCCGACCAGGUCACCUUUGUCGCCGCCCUGUCGGCCUGUGCGGAUCUGGGAGACCUGGAAAUGGGGCGUUGGAUUCACUCCCGCAUCGACCGUGGCAUUUCCGUGGGGGAACGACGUCUCGUGUCGCUGAACAAUGCACUCAUUCACAUGUACGUCAAAUGUGGAGCAGUCCAGGACGCAUGCAGGGUCUUUCAGGAGAUGCCGAGGAGAACCACCGUGUCAUGGACAACCAUGAUCGCGGGACUCACGAUUCAUGGCCAUGGCGACGACGCGCUCGAUCUCUUCCGGGUGAUGCAAUGCACGAAGGAAGCAGAGGGUGAGAAGCCAGAUGCGGUGACCUUCAUUGCAGCGCUUAAUGCAUGCAGCCACACCGGGAGGAUCGACGAGGGCUAUCGAUACUUCGCGCAAAUGACCCCAGUCUAUGGAAUUAGCCCAAGCAUAGAACAUUAUGGCUGCAUGGUGGACAUGCUCAGCCGAGCAGGCCGCUUGUCCGAAGCACGGCAGCUGGUCAAGACGAUGCCCAUGCAGCCCAAUGAAGCUGUAUGGGGGGCUCUGCUGAAUGGCUGUCGUGCGCAUCGCGACAUGAAGCUUGCGAAUGUAGUGGCCGACAGACUGAUGGAGAUGGAGUUGGAGCCUGAGCAUGCGGCGGGCUACCUCGUGAUCUUGUCGAAUGCGUAUGCCGCAGCCGGGAAGUGGGAUGAUGUUCGCCGGGUGAGAGAGAGAAUGGUGAAGAUGGGUCUGAGCAAGCCUCCUGGCCGCAGUUGGGUCCAUGUGAAUGGAGUCCUCCAUAGCUUUGUAGCGGGCGACCGGAGCCACCGUUGUGCUUCAGAGAUAUACAGUAUGGUCGGAGAGAUUGCGGCCCGAGCUAAAAUGGCGGGCGUUGCACCGGAUACAUCUCAAGUGCUGCUCGAUGUGGAGGAGGAGGAGAGGGAGGCCUUCCUCCAACAUCACAGCGAGAAGCUGGCGAUUGCUUUUGGACUGGUCAGCAUUCCAGACGUGGGGGAACCGAUCCGGGUCAUGAGUAAUCUUUGCAUCUGCUCCGACUGUCACGCCACUGCAAAAUUUGUUUCCAAAGCUUUUAACAGGGAAAUCAUCGUCAGGGAUCAGAAUCUUUUCCACCAUUUUGUAGAUGGAUGUUGCUCAUGCAAGGAUUGCUGGUAG